AGGAAGAAAAGGACUACACUGCUGCUGUCUUCACAGUCUCUCUCCCUCUGUCCAUGUGUGCGUGAGAGAGCGAGAGAGACAGAGAGGGUGUACUCUUCAACCUCCUCCUCCCUCCUUCCAUGCCCAGACCCGCGUUUCCCCACGACGGGAAACGCCCACAGCACCCCCGCCCAUGGCCCCCUCCCCGGACUUCUUCUCCUCCUCCAACCUUCUGUGCACCGAGGACGCCAGCGCCGUGGCCUCAGGCGGCGAGGACCGCGACCACGCCGUCGCUGCCAGCGAGUGGGCCCCAGCCUGCCCCGCGACCGCCUCCGCCCUCGUCGAUGGCCGUGGCCUCGCAUCCCUACUCGCCGCGGAGACGGACCACAUGCCCCGCCCCGACUACCUCCCCCGCUUCCUCUCCCGCACCCUCGACGCCACCGCCCGCCACGACGCCGUCAAAUGGAUCCUUAAAGUGAACGAGCUCUACAGGUUCCGGGCGUUGACGGCCUACCUUUCUGUCAACUAUCUCGACCGCUUCCUCUCCUCCCAUUCCCUCCCGGGGUUGGAGAACGGGGGAAGCGGCGGAGGAUGGCCGAUGCAGCUGCUGUCGGUGGCCUGCGUCUCGGUGGCGGCGAAGAUGGAGGAGACGCACGUGCCGUCGCUCCUGGACCUACAGAUCCUCGACCAGCGCUACGUAUUCGACCCCCACACCGUCGGCCGCAUGGAGCUCCUACUCAUGACCGCCCUCGGCUGGCGCAUGCGCGCCAUCACACCUUUCGACUUCCUCCCGCACCUCGUCCCCUCAUGUCCCUCCGCCCUCCUCUCCCGCGCCGCCGACCUCAUCCUCUCCUCCCUCCGCGUGGUGGAUUUCCUGGGGUACCGGCCGUCGGCGAUCGCGGCCGCGGCGGCGCUGUGCGCGGCUGACGAGGUGGCCGAUCCGUCGGCCGGAGGCAGCGCCGAUGUGCUGCGCUGUUCCGAUGAGUGGGUUAACAAGCAAGUGGUGAGCGGGUGUCGCCAGCUCAUGGAGGACUACCUGAUUGACACGUGUCCGUCAGCGCCUCGAUCGAUGGCCAAGACGCCGUUCGCCUCGCGCGAGCCGCAGGAGGAGCCGCCGCCGCCGCCGCCGCGGAGCCCCGUGGCCGUCCUCGACGCCGCCGCCUGCGGCAGCUGUGACUCGGCUGCCCAGCUACCGUCCGCCGCCGAAGCCGCCACCUUCGACGCCCACGGCCUUCCGGUCCGCCCUGAGGCGCCUCCCAAGCGCCGCCGGCUCGGGGAGAACCGCUGUACAGACACUACGUGCGGCUGCUCCCAAAGGAAGAGUAUUUAAUUACUACUAAUUAAUCUCCGAUCCAGUGUCUACCUCGAUUAAUCUCAUCAUUAUCGAAUACUUAAAUAGCUUUGUGGUGUGAGACCAGAGUUGGAUUUCAGUGCAUCUCUUCUUUUUUGUUUAC